AUGAGUGAGAAAGUCUCACAAAAAAUUGAAGCAAAAGAUAAGUCUGCAGCAGCUGAUCUUAUAAAGAUGAGUGAAGAAGUUCGUCAAGACUUCUCAUUAAGUGAUACUGAAGAUGUUGUUCAAUGUUAUAAAGUAAUAAACAAAAGUAAUAACAAUAGUAUUAAAGGAAAAUUAUUUAUUACACAAAAUUACUUUUGUUUUAGAUCUCAAUAUGGAAAGAAGUUAUAUGUUAAAAUACAAAUUUCUAGUAUUAAAGAAAUGACAAAUGAAAUUAAAAUUUAUGAUAAUGAAGGAAGAAUGUAUUAUUUUGUUCCACAGUCACAAGAAGAAGAAUGUUUCAAUUUAAUGUAUUACAUGUAUAAAUUCCCUUUUUCUGUUCUAGAUUUAAACAUUUAUAAACAACAUACUGUUGAUAAUCAUGAAAAUAAUAGUCAAAGAAAAUUUGAUAUAGAAACAGCACAAGAAGCAUUAGUAACUGCAGAAGAAAUGAAAAAAAUUAAAGAAGAAAAUUAUAAAUUACUUGAACAACAACAAAGAAAAAUUGCAAUGAUUGAUCAAUUAUUAGAUAAAACUGAUACUUAUUUAGGAGAAAUUGAUGAUAGUAUUAAAGCAACAAAAUCACUUGUUUAUGAAUUAAGAUUAAGAUAUACUAAAUCAAAACAAGUACCACCUCCAAGAGUAGAAAUUCCUGUACUUGUUGAAGCAAUUAAAGAAACACCACCAGUUCCAGUUGAAAUUCAAAUUUUAUGGAAAUUAGAAAAUGAUGAUUUAGUACCAGCAAUAAUGAAAAUGUUUGAUGAUCAUAUUGAUAUUGUUGAAACUACAGCAAAUAAAAAGAAAACAUUAGCACGUUCAAUUUUAAUUCAAGAUAUUAUUGGAUUAUUUAUGAGAGCAAGACCAUUACAUUUAAAUAUUGCUUUAAAUCAAAGUGGAAAAGAAAAAGGAAGAAUUAGACUCUGUUCAACAUGUCUUCAAUUUAUAGUAAAUGAAAUAUAUAUUAGAUAUUUAAAAAUAUUUAAUAAACAACUAAGUGUUACAUUUGAACCAAAUUCACAAGUAUUUGAUUAUGGUGAUAUUAUGAUUACAAAAACAUUUAUGAAUUGCUCAGGUAUUAAAGGACAAAUUAAAUUUACUGAAGAAGAAGAUAUGGCAUUAAGAGUAUUAACUGGAAAAGAUCGUGAAGAUUAUUUAGCAAUGAAGAAGACAAAUCAAAAAACAGUGAAAUUCUUGACUCUGUGCUAA